AUGGCCAUCAUCAAGAUCCACGCCCGCUCUGUCUACGACUCUCGCGGUAACCCCACCGUCGAGGUCGACGUCGUCACCGAGAAGGGUCUCCACCGCGCCAUUGUUCCCUCUGGAGCUUCCACUGGUCAGCACGAGGCCUGCGAGCUUCGCGAUGGCGACAAGUCCAAGUGGCUUGGCAAGGGUGUCACCAAGGCCGUCGAGAACGUCAACACCGUCAUCGGCCCUGCUCUGAUCAAGGAGGGCAUCGAUGUCAAGGACCAGUCCAAGAUUGACGAGUUCCUCAUCAACCUUGAUGGCACCCCCAACAAGACCAAGCUCGGUGCCAACGCCAUCCUCGGUGUCAGCUUGGCUGUUGCCAAGGCUGGUGCUGCUGAGAAGGGCGUUCCUCUCUACGUCCACGUCUCCGACCUUGCCGGAACCAAGAAGCCUUACGUUCUCCCCGUCCCCUUCAUGAACGUCCUCAACGGAGGUUCGCACGCCGGUGGCCGUCUCGCCAUGCAAGAGUUCAUGAUUGUUCCUGAUGAGGCUCCCACCUUCUCCGAGGCCAUGCGCCAGGGCUCCGAGGUCUACCACGCUCUCAAGAGCCUCGCCAAGAAGAAGUACGGCCAGUCUGCUGGCAACGUCGGUGACGAGGGUGGUGUUGCUCCCGAUAUCCAGACCGCCGAGGAGGCCCUCGACCUCAUCUCCGAGGCCAUCGCGCAGGCUGGCUACACCGGCCAGAUCAAGAUCGCCAUGGACGUUGCCUCGUCCGAGUUCUACAAGCCCGAGGAGAAGAAGUACGAUCUCGACUUCAAGAACCCCGAGAGCGAUCCCUCCAAGUGGCUCACAUAUGAGCAGCUCGCCCAGCUCUACACUGACCUCAGCAAGAAGUACCCCAUCGUCAGCAUUGAGGACCCCUUCGCCGAGGACGACUGGGAGGCCUGGAGCUACUUCUACAAGACCACCGAUCUCCAGAUCGUCGCUGAUGACUUGACCGUCACCAACCCUCUCCGCAUCAAGAAGGCCAUCGAGCUCAAGGCCUCCAACGGCCUUCUCCUCAAGGUCAACCAGAUCGGUACUCUCACCGAGUCCAUCCAGGCUGCCAAGGACUCCUACGCCGACGGCUGGGGCGUCAUGGUCUCCCACCGAUCUGGCGAGACCGAGGACGUCACCAUUGCCGAUAUCGUCGUCGGUAUCCGAGCUGGCGAGAUCAAGACCGGUGCUCCCUGCCGAUCUGAGCGUCUCGCCAAGCUCAACCAGCUCCUCCGAAUCGAGGAGGAGCUCGGCGACAGCGCCGUCUACGCCGGAAAGAACUUCCGCAACUCUGUCAACUUGUAA